AUGGUGGUCGAGUCUGUAAAGGUUAUCGUUCGGUGUAGGCCGCUAAAUAACAGAGAAAAGGCAUUGGACUGCAAGGAGGUCGUAGACAUUGAUUCCAACCGUGGGCAGUGCUCAAUUUCUAAUCCUUUACGGUUAAAAGACCCACCCAAAAUAUUCUUCUUCGAUGGAGCCUUUGGCACAGCAUCAACAACCGAACAAAUAUAUGCAGAUAUUGUUUACCCCUUGGUUGAGGGUGUCACAGAAGGUUAUAAUGGGACAAUAUUUGCAUAUGGGCAAACAGGCUGUGGUAAAACCUUUACGAUGCAAGGCGAAUCGGAUAACUGUGUAAACAAAGGAAUCAUAUCAAGAUCAUUUGAACACAUAUUUGAGACAACGGCUGCCAGUUCCGGCUUGAGAUAUUUGGUGCGUGCCUCGUUUUUGGAAAUUUACAACGAAGAAUUGCGCGAUCUGCUUGGAAAGGAAACAAAAAUUAAAUGCGAACUAAAGGAGCAUCCAGAAAAGGGCAUAUUUGUAACUGGUUUAUCUAUGCACAAAGUAAAAUGCGUCGAGGAUUGUAAAAUUAUAAUGGAGCAAGGUUGGAAGAAUCGUCAUGUGGGUGCCACUUUAAUGAAUGCAGACAGUAGUCGGUCACAUUCCAUAUUUACUAUCUACCUUGAGAUGGUAACCUUGGACAAAGCAACCAGUGCAGAGCACUUGAGGGCGGGGAAACUUAACCUUGUCGAUUUAGCUGGUUCGGAAAGGCAGUCCAAGACGGGUGCCACUGGUGAUCGACUGAAGGAGGCCACCAAAAUCAAUCUCAGCCUCUCUGCCCUCGGAAACGUCAUUUCAGCCCUAGUUGACGCAAAUUCGAGACAUGUACCUUACCGGGACAGCAAGCUGACACGGCUUCUUCAGGAUUCAUUGGGAGGCAAUACAAAGACCCUGAUGAUUGCGUGUCUCUCGCCAGCAGAUAAUAAUUACGACGAAACGUUAAGCACCCUGCGCUAUGCGAAUCGUGCCAAAAAUAUCAAGAACAAACCAGUCAUCAAUGAGGACCCUAAAGAUGCGCUUUUGCGUCAAUACCAGGAAGAAAUUGCUCGGCUCAAGGCUAUGCUAGAAGGAAAGAUAUCUCCUAAUCAAUUUUCUGGCAAAUCUGUUAAGGUGGAAGUUACUCGUCCUUCCACUCUGGAGCUUGAAGAGUUCUUGAAGGAAAAACGAAAAAUUGAAGAGGAUUAUGAGAGGCGGUUGCGGGAUAAGGAGGUUCUGUAUGUAGCAGAGGCUGCUAAUGCAGCGAAACUGCAGGACGAGGUCGCAAAGCUUAAAGAACUCUAUGACACGAAUCUUCGACGGCUGGAGGAGAAGUAUAGGACCUACACCACCCAGAGUAACGAGGAUGAUGUAGAGACUCUGUGGUCACCUUUGGCCCCAGGAGCGGCGCGCGACGGUGGGCUGACCUCGAGGACUUACCGCUUGCCAGUAGCUAUGGCGGCAUCUGCAACAGAGGCAGAGGAAGCAGAGGAAGCGGAGGCGGAAAGAGUGGAGAUAGAGCGUCAUCCGCAGUUCGCUAUCCACCUUUCUACCACGUCCCUCCUCGGUAUCACAACUCCUCUCGACGGCAUCUCUCGUGAAUACGACAAACUCACUAAGGAGGAGCUACUUCGAAGACUGCACCUACUGGAGGCAGACAUGGUUGGGGGGGAAGAGGCAAACAACGUAGAGGUGCGCGAACGCCGCUCGCGUCGCCGUCGCCAUGCUGAGGAGCGCCGCCGCCUCCUAGCUGAGGCCAACGCCAACCUCGAUAACGCUGCCGACGAUGACGGCAUCAUGCUCGGCAUCUACGCCAGCAUUCAGGAUGAACUGAGACACAAAUGCAGACUUCUUCAACGCGAAAAACAAAAAACCAGUUCCCUUGAGACUGAGAUUAAAGAUCUGCAGCGUGAAUUCGAGCUAGAUCGUGAAGACUACCUCGAGUCUAUCCGCAAACAAAACCGGCAAAUUGGCUUGCUGCAGGCCAUUCUGGACAAAGUCCAGCCCUGUAUGCGCAGGGAUAGUAAUUAUGCCAACCUUGAAAAAAUUAAGAAACAAGCUUGUUUCGAUGAAGACUCGAACGAGUGGGUCCUUCCCGCCCUCACAAUUGAGCGUACAGUCCUUCCGCCCUCGGUAGACGUCGCUUCUGAGGAUCUUGUCCUUCCGAUUAGUCGCGGAGUCAUCGGUCGUGGCACAGCCGGUCUCCGCGUAGCUGCUCCUCUCUCCAGUGCAGGGCUGCACAACCCCGAGGUUGAGGAGGAGGCACGCCUCUACGCCAAACUUGCCAGCCGUUCGCAGAAUCACACUAAAUACUUUGCUAAUAAGCGAAAAGAACAACUUCUGCUGGACGCUGGUUCAAAUAGAAAGGUCUUUCACGUGACAGAUCCUCGAUCUCAGCAGAGUAAAGAGUCCUUUUUUAACAACUCCAACAGCUACUUCUCACCAAGCAGCAACAAACGAUCAGGCGUCGGGGGCAAAGGAAAACGUAGUGAUUCCUUUUCGUCAACCAAAAAUUUGGACUUUUAA